GCAUGAUCCAUCGAAACCGAUUCAUGCAGAACGAACAUCCUUUCCAUCUAUUCUUAUCUAUCACACAAUCCAUUGCCAAUAUACUUUCGCGCUGUCACGAAGCCUCGUUGACGCCCGCACCAGACGGUUCGUCGGUUAAUUAAUUGCUUUGUCCAGAUUGGGUUUUAGCCUUUGGCUGUUCGACAUCCCCAGGAGUGCAGGAGAAAUUUUGGUCUCUUCCACGACGCGCCCCAAAGUCUCGAAUUCCAUCCCGAAGUGCUUGUCGCAAUCUGACCGUGCCUGUCAUUUUGGAUACUGGACGACCCGAAUCUGCUGGCGGCAGAGGAGCUGCUCUGGCCGUAUAAUGUUGCGGCAUCAGCUUACCCCUGAAAGCGCAGAUAGAGUUAUUAGCGACGACUGAGGGCCCUGAAACGCAAAGAGCUGAUCCUCCUCUCGCAAUCCGGAUCGCAGGGCAAUGUCGCUGAAUGGUUUGGAUGAUCUGAAGAUCAAAGAGGCCCAUGAUACUGCGGCAGCAGAGCCCGGAGGAUGGUUCCUCCUCAAUUAUGUUGCUCGGGACCAGGUGGAGCUGCUAGGGCGAGGUAAUGGAGGCAUCGUGGAGAUUCGAAACACAAUUGCACAGUACGAAGAACCUGCGGCGCCGCUAUUUGGAUUUCUGCGCUACAGGAGGAGAAAUGUUGUCAUCAAAUAUGUGCCGGAGGAAUGCUCGAGAUUGGUGCAAGCACGAGUGACUGUCCAUUUCAACGCAGUUACAGAACGAUUUUCCCCUCACGAUACCGUCUUCCCCAUCGCCUCGUCGAAAGAGCUCCGAGACACCACCCUUUCUGCCGCUUGCUCUCUACAUACUGCGUCAGGAUCGACCUCCUCAUCUACAAGUUCUCUGCGAAGACGACGCCUCAUGGAAAUUGUAGAGGACGCUGAGGAGGACCAACGUGCAAAAAGACAAUCUACGGUCCAAGAGGAACGCCCUCUUACGGCCAAAUCCCCUUCAGUCUCUGGCGGAACACCUUCACUGCUUCCAUCUUCCCCACCUCCAGAGCUCCCGACCGGUCUGCCGCCUUCUGCAAGUUACCAGUCUAUGGCCGCGGACGCUGAAACGGUAUCCUCUACGAGUAGGGACCUCCGACCUUCCGAAAUUCGAUCUCAGUCGCCUACUCGAUCUGUUGCGGAACCUCGAAAGUCUUCACAAUCAACCAGACCCGACUUUCACAGCUACGCUUCGUACGGUUCAAACGGGAAACCAAAAAUCAAGCUUGGCCCAAGACCAUCUCUUGAUGUAGGAGGACGGCCGCACACAUCAAGUGCUUCAUCUUUCUACCGUCCUGUAUCAACACUCCCAGCCGGUCUAAAAUUGUUCUCCAGAGGCUCUAGAAAGGGCAAAGAAAGGCCACAAUCGCAGUACCCAUCCGAACCACCUAGUAUGACUCUUUCACCUCCGCCGGUGCCGGAAGGCAUGCUCUCUCCCGUUUCGCCUGGUCUAGUCCGACCUCACACAAGUGGUGGACGUCCAUCUACGAGCUCUAAUACUGGUUCUAAACCUUUAAUGUCACCAAAUAUCCUAGCUCCAAAAACUCCUGCCAUAACCCCUGAGAAGGCGCGACUGAUGAAAGCAAUGGAACUUCGCAAAAAGAAAAAUGCUGCACCUCCAGCAAGUCCGGGAUUUCCACCUCCAGACGAAAGCUUGACCAACCCCACGACUCCAAGCAAGAGCUCAGUAUCUGAAGCUCCGAAAGAGAUACCUCACACGUUAGCCAUGCUAGAUGAUAUGUCCAAAGGUGAUGACUCCGGCAUUGCCUUUGACGCCAGUUCAACAUUGAAAACAGACGAAUCGGACGCGACCCGAUCUGAUUCAUACCCAGUUUCUCCCGUGGGCCCAUCUGAACAGGCCGAAUCGACAAGAGCCUCAUCAAUUUCGGAAUCGACAGAUGAGACAAUCCAGGAACCAAAUAACUUUAAACAAACCACCCUCCGUAAAAAUACAUCUGAAGAUAAAUCACCAACGCUAGAGAUUAGCCAAGUACCUGAACAGAUCACAAUGAGUACUAUAGAGAACAAAGAUAUGGCUGUUUCAAGACCGGCAUCGACUGAAGAACCACAAGUUCAAUUGGAGGCUCAUGAAGUUGCAGAAGGUCACUCGGAAGUCACGGGAACUAUAGCAGAGGCGCUAGAAGCACCAAAGGCGCCCCAGGAGCCCGACUCGGUGUCGACCACCCACCAAGUUGAAGUUGAUUUCUCUAACCCUCCAGACUCAGAACGUUCAACGUCAACAGUUCAGUCUGUUCCUGCCGAGCUCAAGACAGAAUCUGAACUUAUGGCUCAGCAGGUGGAAGAGGCGGUCUCCUCCCUUACUAUAGAAUCAGAACUUUCAACGUCUACAAUCCAGGCUUAUACCGCUGAGCCAGAGAUCGAGCCUGAGACAGAAGUCACCGUCCAACCAGCAUCACCGGAGAGUCAACUCAAGGAAUGGAGGAUCCCACGCUCAAAAUUCAGUGUUCAAGAUCUCAAAGCUACAGUAACUGCUCCGGAAAUACCCAAGGAACCUGUUCCCACCAUCAUUCAUGCUACCAUGCCUCCAAAGUCACCCGUCAAGAGCACGUUUUCUACAGAUCGAUCAUUCACCGAAGGAGAUGAUGAGAAUGGAAACGUGGCGAAGCGAAAGCGGAGGGGCUUGGUCGAGCCGAUCCGGACCGAUAUCGACCCCGCUGACAGGAGUGGUGCUAAUUCGGAGGCUAACUUUUCCUCUGAUGAUGAACUCAUGGAUGAGCUGCAGUCUGCCGUCUUCCAAGAAGCAAAGCCGAUCUCAGUCUCCAAAUCACCAAUUAGUCCUGUGUUUCCCAGUCCAAAGAAGCAGAGUGGACAGCCAGGCAGAUUCUCUCGUGCAUUCUCCUCCCCCUUUCGCAAAGAGGGUUCUGAUUCCAAACUUCUUGAGACGCCUACUCCGGUGCAGCCUACACAGAAACCCAAAACACGUUCGGUGUCUGCUGCUGCUGCAUACCUGGACAAAGUAAACCAACAGUCUGCCCAGCCGCUGGCAAAGAAGGCUAACCUAGGUUCUGGAAUAUCUCAAAGAAUCAAGGCACUGGAGAAGCUUGGAGCAGGAGCCAGUACCCCUCCAAGCACAACUGGACCCACACCAGGCGCGUCAACUGCGUUCUUUUCUGUUAGAAAAGGCAGCGGUCGAGGACCUUCCAGAUCUCCAUCAAUUGCUGAACGUGCCAACUCAUUGACCAAAGGAGAUGCUUCACCAUCGAUAUCUCGUGAAUCUUCUCCCGAGACACUGAAAUUACGUGACAGAUCUGGCUCUAUCCAAUCUCGAGUCGAGGCCUUCAAAUCCAGUCCCAUCCCUACUGCUCAACUACCAAAUCGUUCGCGACCCGAGUCAAUCUCUGUUACGGCAAGAAUCGUUCGUGAUCCAGCCCAGCCUUUCCCGGCCAAGUCGGAAGCCGGAAAGAACCCAGAAGACUAUACACCGCUCGAUCUCAAGCAGUCGCCUUUGGUAAUUGAUCACCAGAAGGCAGUUGAAGCACCAAAGGAGACAAUCCAGGAGAGACGACUAUCAAAGGAAAGACGACUCUCGACCGCGUCGAGAACAACAACAACUACUACUACUAAGGAGCGCAGAUCUUCGAUCACCAUUGUCAAAGACUUUAUCAGCGAUACUCGGACAUCAAUUAGCGAGCGUCGCCGGUCAAUCAAUCUUGAUCGUGAUAUUUCCUCUCCUUUGCUGAAGUCUCCGAUGAAAUCCCCAUCACGCCCGCCAUCUGUUCACCAAUCUCCCAGGAUGUCACUCAGCAGCCGCUUGUCAAUUUCCAGUAAGGAUCUCACAAAUGGCAACACUCUUUCUCCACCCCGAACCGCUGGCUCUUCCUCAUCUCUUGGUGACGAGAAGGGCGAUAAGAAGGCAGGUAGAGCAAGUCGAAUGCUCAGAAGAAUGUCUUCAUCGCUAUCUUCAAGCAGGAAGAACAUUGCUCACGCGGUGUCUCCAACUGUUAGGGAGGAUCCCGAGCCCGCAAACGAGUCCGCAACAUCCUCUGCUUCGCUGACUCCUACGCCAACAAGUGUCAACAUUGGAGACGUCAAUGUCCAAUUCCCUGACACUCUCCUGUGGAAGAGACGAUCAAUGCUUCUCGAUUCGCAGGGCAAUCUCAUUAUGUCACCAGCUCUUACUGCGAGUGGAAAUCCCAAGGAUAAAACCAAUACAGGAGCUACAAAAAGAUUUCAUCUCACUGAAUUCAGGACACCUGCAAUACCAGAUGUAGAGAUGCAGGAGUUGCCAAACAGCGUUGUACUAGAUUUUGUUGAGGGUGGCCAGCUCCAGAUUGCGUGCGAGGACAGGGCCGGCCAAGGACAUGUGUUGAAUGUCUUGCAAGAUGCUCACCGUUCGUGGGCAGCCUUCGCCUGAGCACCGAUUAUUGCCUACCUCCCCCUCUUCACCACACCAUCGACUGGACCAUCUUCAUGUUCAUAUAUUCAUGCACUCCCUUUUGUAACGGAGAGAACAAAUACUUCACGCUGUCACGAUGCAUGGAUAUAACGCUUUGCAUUUCACAAUUUCAAUUUUCUUGUAGCGACAAAACCAGAUACCAGAUCCUAUUCGAUCACAACCCUUUUUUGCUUGUGUACAGAUAAGUGUAUGUCUUCUUCAGAAUUAGCGCGCACUUCACCGCAUAUACGGCGGUGUUUGGGGCUAGGAAUGGAUUGAGAAUUGAGAAUUAAAGUUGUAGACCUUCCUCUUGACCAGUGAAGUCUGCAGACCCCGUAUCAGAAAACCUC